UCCCGACUCUCAGAUGAGAUUUGCCACAAUAGAGAGCACAAUAACCAUCCGGCCUGUAUGGACCUUUAUGCCAUUUUAAUCGAUUUGAUUUUUGCUGAUCUGCACAAAUUUUGUCACAGCAACUGGUUCGAUAACCGAGGAUUGAUUGAAUUCUGAAUUCUGUAAUGUAGAGAGUCACUAAGGUCAAAUAGUUUCAUGUAAUGUAAGAAAUAAUUUUAGUCUUUACUAAGUUAAAGAAGGAUUUUCCACGAUGGGUCAACGCCUGAGUGAGGACUGCGACCCAGACAAGGAAAUUGAUGUGGCAGAGCUGCAGGAAUGGUACAAAAAAUUUGUGGUGGAGUGCCCCAGUGGAACUCUCUUCAUGCACGAGUUCAAGGGGUUUUUCGGCGUUACUGAAAACAAGGAGGCCGCGGAUUACAUUGAGAAUAUGUUUCGAGCCUUUGACAAGAACGGAGACAACACCAUUGAUUUCCUGGAGUACGUGGCAGCCUUGAACUUAGUCCUGAGGGGCAAACUGGAGCAUAAGCUUAAAUGGACAUUCAAAAUGUAUGAUAAAGAUGGAAGCGGAUGCAUCGAUAAAACUGAGCUUCUUGAAAUCGUGGAGUCUAUUUAUCGACUGAAGAAAGCCUGCCACGGAGAGCUGGAUGAAGAAUGCCAUCUGCUGACCCCAGACCAAGUGGUCGACCGGAUAUUUGAGCUGGUUGAUGAGAAUGGAGAUGGGGAGCUCUCACUGGAUGAGUUCAUUGACGGAGCACGGAGGGACAAGUGGGUGAUGAAGAUGCUGCACAUGGACGUCAAUCCCGGGGACUGGAUCAACGAGCGAAGACGCAGCUCUGACUCCUGAGGCUCGAACACGGACUGCCAAUCUGUCACGUACACACAUCCUUCAUGUGUGGCCAAUCAUGUUCUGAUUUUGUAUUGCAGUUUCUAUGUAUAUAAAAGACAACACCAUAGUCUCCUGUCGUUGGUCUGUCUGCAUUAGGUUCAACACUCAACAGUAGUUUUGACUUAUAGGCACUACAGUCUUGUAGGUCUGUUAUAAUGUCUGUAUUUCAUAGAUGCUGCAGACAUAAGGUGCUUACUUACUUUCUUUUUUUUUCUUUGUGCCACUGACUGUGAUUCAAUAAACAUAAUUAAAGGAC